UCCCCUACUCAGGGUCACGUGACCGCGUGGGCCCACAGUCACUGGUCGAUCUGUGCGCGGCUGGCUGCUUGUGUUUUCCCCGAUCAGCGCGGGGCUCCUUUCCGUGUCCUCACCGGGCGAAGCGUCGUCUCCUGUCCCCAGCUAUGGAGCUUUCAGCGGCGGGGGACCGCGUGUUUGCCGCCGAGGCCAUCCUGAAGCGGCGCGUCCGUAAGGGUCGUAUGGAGUAUUUGGUAAAAUGGAAAGGCUGGGCUAUAAAGUACAGCACUUGGGAGCCAGAGGAGAACAUCCUCGAUGACCGACUCGUAGCUGCUUUCGAACAAAAAGAAAGAGAACAAGAACUUUAUGGACCAAAAAAGAGAGGACCCAAGCCUAAAACACUCCUUUUAAAGUCACGAGCACAGGCUGAGAGCUCACCUAGAGUUCUUGAAUUCAAGCCUAGUCGGCCUCAGCCAUCCUCCAAGCCACCUCCUCCACCCACACCCGCAUCCGCACCCUCGUACCAUCCCAGUGGCUCUUCAAAUGCUAAGCUGCAGUCUGGAGCUGCCCAACCCAAACUGAAGAAAGACAUCCACCGGUGUCAUCGGAUGGCACGACGUCCUUUACCUCGCCCUGACCCUUUAGCUCCACCAGUCGGUUCUUCUGGUCCCUUCUCUUCCCGUCCGACGGUCAGCCCUUUCUGUGAGACCGUCCGCAUCCUUAACCGAAAAGUCAAACCCCGUGAAGUCAAAAAGGGACGGGUGAUCUUAAAUCUAAAAGUAAUGGACAAGACUGGACCAGCUAACAAUAAAAGGACUCCAAAUUCUAGCCAUCAGUCUCAUGUUGGGCGCCAGAAAGUUCCCUCCCGGAACAGAGUAAUCGGGAAGAGCAGGAGGUUUGGGGAAGUAUCUUUUAGAUGCCUGCAGCCACCCAUGAGCAGUGCUGGAUUUUCGGUUUUUAGAAAGCCAAUUGAGGCUUAUUCAAUGGACCCUUCUGAGGAAAAGCCAAAGGCUGAACAAAGUGGUCACAAAACAGGUACAAAUCCAUUGGCAUCUUCCUCUCAAAGCUCAAAAUUUAAGAAUACAAUACCUGUGUCUGAAGCACAUGCCGAGCCACCUCGAUCUGCUUCAAGCUCCGAGGUCUCGGACAGUGAACCUCACCCCCCACCUCCAACACAGUUUCACACUAAUCAGUUACCACAAUCAGGUGAAGCCAAUUCUCAAAUUUCCCAUGCUGCCAAAUCCUCUCCUCAGCUAACAGACUCGAAAGCCAAAUUGUCUCAGUCAGCCAUGCCUUCCUCUCCCAUGUUCUCUUCGUCCUCCUCUUCCUCAUCAUUAUCGUCCUCCUCUGAAGACAACGAGCGCAUCCUGGAUCUCUCUGUGCCUCAUGGAACCGACAGGCGAGCCAGACAGCGCCAGCACUUUCGUGGCCGCCGACAGCCCAAAGUUCCUGAUAUUCCCAUAUCUGAAGAGGCCUCAGAGGAGGAACAGGACCUGGAUUGGCAUCCGGAAAUGGCCGCACAGUGUGCCAACGUUGUCAUUACAGACGUUACAACCAACCUCCUUACUGUCACUAUUAAAGAGUUUUGCCAUCCACCUGGACUACCGGCAGUGGCCUCAUCUCCCUGCUGUGCCAAUCAUUUAUCUUCUUCAAAAAAGACAAACCCUUAUAGUACUUAUUUGCGAUACAGUCUACAGCCGAACAUCAAGCAACUAUUUGAUUAUUUAGUGCUGUGGGGCGUUUUAUCUCUUCCUUUCUUGACCCGUUUCUCAUAUUCACCGCCUGAACAAACCGCCACCCUGAAGUUCAUUGUGGUGAUCCUGGCCGCCGGGAUGGUGGCGUUUGUCGGAGCCGUGAUCUGCAUCAUCGCCGCGGUGCACGGCGGCUCUCCUUCGCCCGCAGCCGCAGCCUCGACCGCCGCACAGCCCCUCGCCGAUAACCAGUCCCUGGCUGCGGGUUCGGGUGUCCUCACCUUCCCGUCAGGCUCCGUGGCCCGGGCAGGACCGGUGGAUGCGCUCCAUGGGAGCAGCCCUGACUCUCCAACCUUCUACGGGAUCACCGGGAGAACGGGAGGCGACAACGGCGAGCAGCAGGUGGUGAGAGUCAGCAAGCUGAUCUGUACUCCGGUUCCGGCUGGAGAGUGCAGACCGAAAGGCUUCCAGGCGGACGAGCAGACUGUACACGCGGGGGAUCAGUGGGGGGAUCUCCGCGCUACGGCGGAAGAGCUCAGGCGCACCGUGGAGCAGCAGGAGGAGGAGAUCCGCGCCGAGCAGCGCACCAUCCGCGAUCUGACCGGGAAACUCUCCGUCUGUGAAGGCGGCACGCGCAGGGGCGAGGGCUUGUGGGCUGGGAGGAGGGACACCCGAGACGGGCUCAUGAUGCAGGACGACGCGGGACCGCCUGCACUCACUGUCCGCGAACUGGAGAGAGCCAUCAUGCACAUGAAGGAGCGCAUCGAGAAACUGGAGGCAGAAAUGGCUCCACUAGCUCACAACCACACAGAGUCAGGGCAAAAGGGUCAGAAGGGCAAAGGCAGUGUCUCGAGCGGAAUCGCACACCAUGGAGUCUCAGCACAGCGGCGAGUGGAGGAUCUGGAACGAGAGCUGAAGCGUAAGAUGCAAGUCCUGGAAGAGGAGAGGAAAACACUUCGAAAGGAAGCCAAGAAACAUCAACAGCACAUUGACCACGGACUGGACGCUGUCCACCAACGCAUCAGCAGUCUUGAGCAAGGUCUGUCUGAGAACAGGUUUCCAGAGGGUUACAGACUCUCAUUUCCUCUGCGGAGCAGCUCAAUGUAUGCUGUGGUGAAGCGAGCAAUCCCUAUGCUGCAUGCCCUCACUGUCUGCAUGUGGCUCAGGCCUGCGCAGAGCAUCCUGGGAACUGCAGUUUCUUAUGCUGUUUCAGAAGACCCUCAUGAGCUGGUGCUGCAGCAGUUAGUCCAUGGACCUGUCGAGCUUAUCAUCAAAAAUGAGGUGGCACAGUUCUAUCUGAACCUCACCAUGGGUUCUUGGCAGCAUGUGUGUGUCACUUGGAACAGGAGAGGAGGAGUGUGGCACGCCUACGUGGGAGGCAAGCUGAAAGUUGAGGGGAAGGACCUGGCAAGCCGCCACUACAUCCGUCCCGGAGGAACGCUUGUCCUGGGCCAGGAACAGGGUUCAAUGGGCGGACUUCGUUUCGAGGCAACACGGGCUCUUUUAGGUGAUCUCUCUCAGUUUAACAUGUGGGACCGGCCGCUCACUCGUGCAGAGCUUUCCGCAAUAGCCCACUGCAGCACGGGAAUGCUGGGUAAUGUAGUCCCUUGGACCAGCCGCGAGGUGGAAGUGUUCGGAGGGGUCACCAAGCAGCCGGCCGAGCACUGCUCUCAUCACGCUAGCGUGCAGCAGUGAGGUGGACACGUCAGGAGAGGAUGGGGUGGUGGGUGUCUGAGACAAAGUGGUCAGAUGAAAGGGGACUGGAAACGCUUGUCUGGUUGAAGCAAUUACUUAAUGGUAUAGUUAUUGUUUAUUUUUUAUCAGGAAUAUUUUUUUUUUGUUGAUAUUUUGUAAAAGAGAAAGGAUUAACAAAGUAGGAACUUGUAAGACAAAUACGUUAAUUUCUUUUUUAUUUGGAAAUAAUAGGAAUAUUCACGUUCAGGCAUCACAUCAGUUUGAUUAUUUCUUUGCACUUUAACUUUUUGUUAUUCUUCAUGUUGAAGAUACAGAUGUUACAUAGUGAACAUCCUAAACUCCUUUGGACACAAUCUAUAAACUGACUGCAAUGCCUACAGAGGGGAAAAAUCUGAAAGUAUUUAAAAUUAAAUGCAAAAAUGCAAUUUAAUGUUUACAAAUUGUGAUAUUAUUAGUUUCCAGUUUAUUUUCCCUAAAUUUAGUCAUUUAUUUAAAAAAAAAAAAAAAAAACAGGAUGCUUUGUUUUUCUCACCACACGUCUUUCAUGCCCUGAUGUAAUCACUGAUGACGGGCCUCUCCUAACACAAUGUAUACAUGCCAGUAAAAGCCAUUCAAAGGAAAUGUGGUCAUUUUAGCAGCUCAACUGGGUGAUUAUUGGACUCAAAAAAGUCAUACCCUGGUUCUGAUCACGACUUUAUAAGGAACAUUGUGUUUCUGUCCUUUCAUAAUAACAAGGUCUGGUUUUCAGUACAGGAUAGAUGAGCACGUUUGUGAACAGCACAAAGUUGUGUGCCGUGAAUAAGCUAGCAUGGACAUGAAUAAGACUUACUCACUGGAUGAGUUGACGUUAUAGUCUUUUAUUCAUGUCUAAGGCCAACAGUUUUUCUUUUGUAAAAUAAGCUACUAUACUUUAAGAACUAUACAUUUGUUUAAAAUUAUUAAAAUAUAAUA